AUGGACCCUAGUAGUGGCACCCAAGCCCUGGAGAUCGGGGAGGCCGACGUCAACUGGGAGCUGAUCCGGGACAAGGUGAUCGAGGAGCGCUUUGGCCCCACGGUGGUCCCGGUGCCCUUCCUGGCGGAGGCCUCCUGUUAUGAUCUGCUGACAGUGCUGGUCAAGAGGCCUCCCCCUCGAGGUCCAGCCGCCCUCCCGCUGCCGCUGCUGCUGCGCCACCGCCGCCCGCGCUGCCUGGUGCCGGUAGGACCCUUGGAGGGGUUGCUGCGGGGAGGCCCGGCCCCGGCCCCUGCUCUGUGCCAUGGCACCCGUGAGUACAGCGCCCGCGUGCGGGGGGAGUCCCGCUACGAGGAGACGCGGCUGGUGGCUGGGACCCUGCGGCACAUCCGGCUGACCAUGUCUGGUGUCCACAAGAAGGUGGCCUUCCUGGCCCUGCGCCCGGGGACCCUGGCACUGCGGACGGAUCUGCCCUGGCUGCGCGCACAAAGGAGCCUCUUUGUCAUCUAUGAGGUCUUCUACUGCGGGCGCCUCUGCCUGGCGGUCACUCAGGGCCAGAGCCACCGCUCUUUCCUCCUGGAGCGCCCACUGCCGGUGGCCUUCUCCUGCCUCAAGUUUGCCCUCGGCCCCAAGGGGGUGCUGGGCCCCCAGAAGCCCGUGGGCCACAUCCUGCCCACCAGGGCCGCCUGGGUCCACGCGGCCGUCCUGGAGGCCCCCAAGGCCCUCAACGCUGACCCCACCACUGACCCCGCCAAGGCGUCACUCCCUGGGACGGAGGGGCCACUGACCAAGGAGAAGGCCGUUGUAGCCGGACGCAAGCGGUGGAGGUCCCUGCGGAGGCCCCUGCGGCCCCUGUCAGGGAAGUGGCCCUUCCGCCAGCCCCGUCCCCGGCUGGGCCCCACCACCGGCAGCCUGUCCGACCCCGAGAGGCACUCCAUGUCGCUGCCCCUCCUGCAGAGCGCGGCGGGCGAAGAGAGCGACCCCGAAGACUGA